AUGUCCCAGCAAGACCGGCGAGGCUCUCUGCUUGUUGACCCGAAGCUUGCCAAUGAGGAAGAUGCAGCCGUUCUGGCGAAGAUGGGUUACAAGCAAGAGCUUCGCCGCAAUUUCAGUAUGAUCGAAGUCUUUGGGAUCGCCUUCGCUAUAAUGGGCUUGCUCCCCUCCAUUGCCAGUACACUGUCGUACUCAAUCCCUGCUGGUCCAGUCGGCCUCGUAUGGGGGUGGUUCCUCGCCUCGGGCUGCAUUUUUGUCGUCGGUCUUGCCAUGGCGGAUCUGGGGUCGAGCAUGCCCACGAGUGGCGGCCUCUACUAUUGGACUCAUUACUACGCCUCGCCGAAGUGGAGAAACCCUCUCAGUUUUCUCGUGGGAUAUAGCAAUACACUCGGAUUGGUGGGCGGGCUCUGUUCCAUUGACUACGGGUUCUCCUUGAUGUUUCUGUCGGUGAUUGUCAUCGCACGAGAUGGCAACUGGAGCCCCAGCAACGGUAUCAUCUACGCCGUUUUUAUUGCUACAGUGGCAUGCCAUGGGUUGAUCGCCUCAACCAUGGCGAGCGUCAUGGGGAAGCUGCAGACAGUCUUCGUCGCGAUGAAUUUUAUUCUGAUCUUUGCAACGAUCAUUGCUCUGCCAAUAGGGGCCAACUCUCGCAACUCGGCAUCAUAUAUCUUCACCCAUGUGGAAAACCUCACCACCUGGCCAACGGGGUGGGGUUUCAUGUUGUCCUGGUUGUCACCCAUCUGGACCAUUGGGGGCUUUGAUUCUGCAGUCCAUAUCUCCGAGGAGGCCGCCAAUGCAACCAAAGCUGUACCGUUUGGCAUCUUGUUUUCCAUCGGAUCAUGCUGGCUGUUUGGCUGGAUCUGUUGCAUUGUGAUUGCGGCGUGCAUGUCCCAGGAUCUGGAUCAUAUUCUAAGUUCGCCAUUUGGUCAACCCAUGGCCCAGAUCUACUACGAUGCACUUGGAAAGAACGGUGCUCUUGGGUUUAUGGCUUUCCUCAUGAUUGUUCAAUUCCUGAUGGGCAUUUCCAUCCUGGUGGCUGCCUCGCGACAGUCCUGGGCGUUCUCGCGCGACGGAGCCUUGCCGUUCUCCAAGUUCUUCCGACCAAUCUCCAAGCGGUUUGGAUAUAUCCCUCUUCGGACCACGAUCGGAUGCGCCGUACUGGCAGCCAUUCUGGGACUGCUAUGCUUGAUCGCGCCGGCGGCCGCCUCGGCACUAUUCUCUCUCGCCGUUGCCGGCAACAAUCUGGCCUGGGGCACCCCAAUCUUUUGCCGUGUCAUGUGGGGACAAAAGAAGUUCAGCCCUGGUCCGAUCUACACAGGGAGAGCUUCGACUCCACUCGCUUGGGCCGCGAUCCUGUUCUUGAUAUUCGGCAUCCUCCUCUCAAUGUUCCCUGUCGGCGGGCCAAACCCUGAUGCCGAAAGCAUGAACUACACCUGCGUCAUCAAUUCAGCAGUGUGGGGAGGCGCGUUGCUGUACUAUUUCAUUGACGCGCAAAAGUGGUUCCGUGGACCUCAAAUCACUCUCGACCUUAGCCAGCUUACGGAGGAGCAGGAGGCGGUGUUGCGAGCCGAGGGAGUCACGGAAGGCUCCAGCGGAACAGCCGUGCUCGGUGGUGGAGGUGAUAUCGUCGGCAAUGCUGUCAAGGCCGCAUGA